AGUCGGCCGGAGCGCAGCGAGCUGGAGUGUGCCGCACCGACCGAGCAGCCGGGCGCCAUGGGGGGGUGGUGAGCGAGGCGGCGCAGCGGGGGCCCUGCGGGAGGCAGCCAGCCAGCCGGCGGGACCGCGACGCCGCGGAGGAGAAGGCAGCAAGCGCCGGCCACCCCGGUCGGUCCCUGGGCGCGCCUGGCCCCCCUGCUUCCCGCCGCCGCCGCCCGCCCGCCCGCCGGAGCCCAUGAGCCUCAACGAGCACUCCAUGCAGGCGCUGUCCUGGCGGAAGCUCUACCUCAGCCGGGCCAAGCUGAAAGCCUCCAGCCGCACCUCGGCGCUGCUGUCCGGCUUCGCCAUGGUGGCCAUGGUGGAAGUCCAGCUGGAUGCCGACCACGACUACCCGCAAGGGCUCCUGAUCGCGUUCAGCGCCUGCACGACGGUGCUGGUGGCGGUCCACCUCUUCGCCCUCAUGGUCAGCACCUGCAUCCUCCCCAACAUCGAGGCCGUCAGCAACGUGCACAACCUGAACUCGGUCAAGGAGUCGCCCCACGAGCGCAUGCACCGGCACAUCGAGCUGGCCUGGGCCUUCUCCACGGUCAUCGGGACUCUGCUCUUCCUGGCCGAGGUGGUCCUCCUCUGCUGGGUCAAGUUCCUCCCGCUGAAGAAGAAGUCCACCGGAGAGGUCGCCGAGGCCAACAAUUCCAGCAUCUCCCCCGGGGAGGCGGCCGCCAUCGCCUCCACCACCAUCAUGGUGCCCUUUGGGCUGGUCUUCAUCGUCUUCGCAGUCCACUUCUACAGGUCCCUGGUGAGCCACAAGACAGACCGGCAGUUCCAAGAACUGAACGAACUGGCCGAAUUUGCCCGGCUUCAAGAUCAGCUGGACCACAGAGGCGACGCCCUCCCGCCUCCUGGCAGCCAUUUUGCAUAAAUAGCUGUGCGUUUUUGUUUUUUUAAAGCAAUUAUUUGUAUCUUAUUCUCUUGACUUGCCCGUGCAUGAACUUGGCUAGACUCUGGUGAUUUGUUUGGAAAGAGAGUGUAGAAGUACUGUGUCUUUUAGCCUUUUAGUGCUUUUCUGGGGGGAAAGAAUACAAUGCUCUGUACUUCUAACAUCAGGAGGGCUAACCUCUGGGGGCACAGAUGUUGGGAGCGGCAUCUGAACGAAAUGAUCAGGGUGCUAGAGCGGCCUCCCUAUGACGAUCGGUUAGAACACUUAGGGCCACUUAGUUUAGAAAAAAGGAGAGUAAGGGGAGAAGUGAUAGAGGUCUAUGAAAUUUUGCAUGGUGUGGAGAGAGAGAAGGGGGACAUAAUACUAGAACCCCGGGGUCAUCCGCUGAAGCCGAGGGGUAGGGGAUUCAGGACAGAGAAAAAGGAAGUAUUUCUUCACGUGGCCUAUUGUUAGUUUGUGGAACUCACCGCCACAGGAUGUGGUGAUGGCCGCCAGCUUGGAGGGCUUUGAAAGGGGAGUGGACAAACUCAUGGAGGACAGGGGCUAUCGUUGGCUACUGGUCACGACGACCGCUAGCCAAAAUGGAUAUCUGCGUCCUCCAGUACCAAAAGCCAUAUGUCUCUUUAAAUCAGUCGCUGGGGAGCGCAGGUGGGAAGAGGCGGUUGUGGUCAUCCUGCUUACGGGCUUACCAGAGGUAGCUGGCUGGCCACGGUGUGAACAGAAACGCUGGACUCGAUGGACUCAGGGUCUAAUCCAGCAGGGCUCUUCCUGUGUUCUUUUCUGCCUUGAAGCAUGUAUGCUCCCCUCCUGCCUCCUUUUCUCUGUGUUUUAUCUCAAAAAGAUAGAUUCCAGGGCGUAGCCGUGUUGGUCUGCAGCAACAGGACAGAGUCUGAGUCCAGUGGCACCUUUAAGACCAACA